UCUACUCUUCACUCUUGCUAUAUAAGCUACUCUGUCUCCGUUUUCGCCGCACACUUAUCAUACAAACACUAAACUCUCUGUUAAAAACUUUCUGAAAAAGCUUCCUAUUUCUUCUUCCUAUGGCGUCAUCUCUAGCUCUUAAGAGACUUCUAUCUUCCACCACCGUCGUUCCUCGUUCCGGUAGCGUCCUUCGUCCACAGGUUGCCUCUCGCCUUCUCAACACUAACGCUGUCAGGAGCUACGACGACGGAGAAAAUGGCCACGGCCUUGAUAUAGACCGCCGCUCCAAUCGCUCUGUUUCUCGCCGCCGUGGUGACGAUUUCCUCUCAGACGUGUUUGAUCCGUUCUCGCCAACAAGGAGUGUGAGUCAGGUGCUGAAUCUGAUGGACCAGUUCAUGGAGAAUCCUCUGUUAUCAGCGACGCGAGGCAUGGGAGCUUCUGGAGCUCGGCGUGGAUGGGAUAUAAAAGAGAAAGAAGAUGCGCUCUACUUGAGGAUUGACAUGCCUGGCCUGAGCAGAGAGGAUGUGAAGCUGGCUUUGGAGCAGGACACUCUGGUUAUCAGAGGAGAAGGGAAAGAUGAGGACGAUGCGGGGGAGGAGGGAGAGAGUGGUAGUCGGAGGUUCACGAGCCGGAUUGGAUUGCCGGAGAAGAUAUACAGGACGGAUGAGAUCAAGGCGGAGAUGAAGAACGGAGUUCUGAAAGUGGUGAUUCCCAAGAUGAAAGAGGAAGAGAGAAAUGAUGUUCGCCAGAUCGAGGUUAACUAAAACGUCGUCGUUUUGCUUUUGUGGUUGUUGUUGUUUUGUUGAUAGGUUUUUGAAUAAAGAAGUGUGUGGGCUUAUGUCGAGUCAACGGGUUUCGUAAGCUGAAGGAACUGUCUUUAUGUUUCUCCAAUCUGUGUUUUUGUUGUUGCAACAUAUGCAUAAACUAUGCCUUGGUGACCAACAAAAUGGAAAGUCUAAUUAAAUAUUUUUUGAAAUAGAUAUAAUAUUUAUAAAGUUAAAUGAAUAUAUGUUUUAUUCUUUUAUCAUAGAUUAUAAAAAAUAAUAAUAAACAUAAUUUCUCGAUUGAUAAUGUAAAUGGUUGUAUUUAUAACGUAAGCUAUACCUAAUUGAAAAAGAUAUGGUCCAAACGUUGAGAUAUAAAAAAAGAGAGAAACACUCAGUAGUGAUACAGAGAACUACGACAGAGAUGUAUCUAUAAUCUGAGAAUGAAUUUGACAAAAAAAAAAUGGUAGAAAAUAUGUAAGAACAUGCUACGAUAGAUUUAUUUCUAUAUGAAUUAUAAAAGUGAAAUUUUAAUACUAACCACGGUGAUUCCACCGGAUCGUUAAACGCGGAUGAAUCACAAGGCCGAAAGUGCGUAUUAUUAGUGCAGGGUAUGGGCCUUGGGUGAAGCAAGGUCCAACGAAUGUUGCUGCUGUUCUGUAUCCAUCCCCCUUUUUCACUGUUUGUUUUUUUAGAUUAUGCGUAAAAAGGGAAUAAAAAAAAAAAAAAAAAGACGGAAGAAGAAACAAAUCCCCACAGAGAAGAAACCUAAAAUCACAAAAACCUAAAAGCAACCAAAUCGACGGCGACGGGAGAAGAGAAGAAGAACUGAAAGAAGAAGCUUUCUUCAGACAUCGAAUCUUUAUCUCCUCUCUCUCUCCUACUUUGGUUUGAUGGCACCCAAGGACAAGAUCGAGAACCCUCCAAUUGCUUCUUCCAGUGAAGAGGAAGAAGAAGAGUCUGGUUCAACCGGAGAAGAAUCCGAGUCUUCAGAGGACGAAGGCGAUGUCCUGUCGAAGCUCACUCAGAAGACCGUUGCCCCUGCUGCCUCGAAGAAGCCUGAAUCUGACUCUGAAUCAGGCGAAUCUGAAUCGGGUUCCGACUCCGAUUCCGAGCCUGCGGCGAAGACGAAGCCUCUCAACACUGUCUUCACCAAACCAAGGCCAGAGACCUCUGGAUCUGCUGCUGCCGUGACUCUUCCUGAGAGCUCCACGGCCAAGCGUUCUCUGAAGCAAGCAGAUGACGAGCCUAAGAAGAAGAUGAAGACAUCGACGACCGAGCACGUGAAGAAGAAACCGGCUUCUGAUGAAGAGGUUAAGAAAAUCUCCGGAGAAGAAGCCAAGAAGAUGUUUCAGAGGCUCUUCAGCGAGACUGAUGAAAUCGCCAUGCUUCAAGGCUACCUUGACUACACCUCUACCAAAGGAGAUCCAUCGGAGAACAUUGAUGCAUUUUGCGAGUAUGUGAAAACGCUGAUCGAUUUCAAUGCCUCCAAGGCCCAGAUUGUUACAAAACUCCAGAGGUGCAAGAAGAAGUUUGUCAACAUAGUGAAGAACUCGCUUAAAAAGGGAAAGACCGAAGACAAGAUCAGAUGCGCCAAGGAUCUUGACCAACAAUCAUUUGAGUUGUCAAGAAAGAUUUGGGGAGCCAAUGGUGUUCUUCCUGCAAAACCAAGGACCAAGUCUAAAGACACUAAGCUGCUUCCGCCGCUCACGCCCAUGCUCAAGAAAGAAACGGAAACCGGAAAGCCCAAGGCGAGUGUUGUGACCACUACUCAUCUCUCCUCUAGUGAAGAGAUAGCAUCGUUCUUCAAGGCGGCGAAUGUGAGUGUAUUUGGCUUGGACGAAUCCAUGAUAGCUGCGUGUUGGGACAUGGUUGCGGAUGGACCGGAGAAGAGAGAGAUGGAGGAAAGGCUGAAGAAGCUCAAGGAAACGCAGGUGGAGCUGUGUUUGCAGAGGAGUGGGCUCGUGGACAGCACUGCAAAGCUGAUAUUCAAAGACAAUGCAUCCUCUUCAUUUUGAGCUAUAUCUGUGGUUUGUUUCUUUUACUCUCUAGUAUGCAUCUUUUAGCUUGUUGGAACUAAUCCUGAUGUAAGUCUAUAUUUUCUGUAUGCCCCCCUUUUGUUGGAUGCUUUGUUUGGGUGUAAGACCCUUAUUCGUAUUGAUAGUUUAUAGCUCUUGUUAGGGUUCCUAGAAAUUAUUAGCCAGAAAAUGGAAUAACCCUGGA